AAACAAACAUUCUAAACAACUGACCACUUAAACUCUAUAAGACGUAGACAAUAAUAAUUAACUUAAACAGUUUUAAAAAUACUUAUAGUUUUUAAUAGAAAACAACUGACCAAAUAUGAUCAACUAAUUAACUAUGUCUUCAUUUUGAAAUACUAUUAAUUAAACUUAGGGUUAGGCUGAAGAAGAGGUCCAUCAACGGUUCUUCCCUAUUUUCCCAUUUAUAUUAGCUCAUGUUAGGACCAAUCUUAACUCUAAACCCUACUACCCUUAGCAACCCAAAGACCAACCCUCAAGUUACUACUAAGAAUAGCACAUUAAGAUUUAUGAAAAACAUCACCAUAACAACUUUGCAGUAACACUACGGUUAUUUAACAAAACCAGUUCGAGAACCUUGAUCAGCAAAAACCACUUAACGAGGCAGCCAAGUACUAAUUAAGUGACACUUGGUUUCUAGAAAAGUUCGGCUAUUUAAAGCACUUUGGACUUUAAAAGAAAGUCAUUCUAAAUUGGGUUAGGCUGCAGUCCUAAUUUGGUCUAAUUUAAGUAAAAUCUAGUGAAUAAUAAUUUUCAGAACACCUUUUCGAGUUUAGGUUUAACAGUAGCGUAGCGCUAAAAUCUCUUCAAAGUCAAAUUAAUUCAACAAGAACAACCAAAUAUAAAAUUCAAUCAUUUUUGUCAAACAAUUCGGCCUAAGAAGGUUUUAUAAUUUCAGAGAUAAUAAUCAAUCAAUAAAUCAUAAUUUGAACAGAUUCACAUCAACACUCAAACAAAUCAACACUACUAAUAUAACUUAAACAUUCAUCACAAAAUUGGAAUUGAUAAUAAACAUAUUUAGAUAUUGGACAAUCAAAUUCAUAAAUUGGGAAAUUAAUAAAUUAGAAAGUCCUAAUUAAAGAAAAAGUAAAAUCAAAUAAAAGAAUGGUAACAAAUGCUCCCCUGUAUGUCUUCCUCGUUCAUUCGCUGCCAGACCAAAGGUAGAAGCCGUCCCACCAGUGUUGCAUCUGCCGUCUAGCCUUGCCUCGCCGGAACCGAACCACCAUCGCCGAACCUAGGGUUGAACCCUAGGUCGGCCUCUGCUCUCGCUCCGAUCUCCUCCGUAUCCCCCUCUGUGUGUUUGUGUUAAAAAAUAUCCUCUCUUAAUAUAGAGCAAGAAGUGGUGUUGGAUUGAAACUCUUUAAUUGUUUUGGAAGAAUCCGUUUCCUGCGCUACAUUUCUCCUCGUUGCUAUCCCUUUCUUUCUUCCUUUUUGUAACUUGAAUUGGUCAAAUGGAUAGGGAGUAUUAAAUUGAAGUUGGGUCAAAUCCAAUUUGGAAUCUAAAGGCCAAGUUGUGACGAUGCAAGAUGGAGUUCUUAAAGCAACUUCGGGAGCACUAGUGAUGUUGAAAGGCGUGAGGAAGAACAAUCUGUAUUACUACCAAGGUAGUACAGUGGAAAAAAAAAGAGGAAGAACAAAGGAUUACGGAGUGCGUCAGUACCGGCGGAAGGGAACAAAACAGAGCCGCACGAAUUGGUCUUCUAAUCGCCGCCGCCGUUCGCUGGAGGAGCUGUCUGCCGCCACGAGUCGGAGGCCAUUGGGUAGCCGCUGCUCUGCUGCCGAGUUGGCCGAUAAUUUGAGAAUUUGAUUUGUUUAAUUCGUCAAUUAAUCGAGGUAACAUGAAUGAUGAAUAAGGAACUAUCCUGGAG